AUGGCUCUUGUGGCAUUCUUCAACUCUUUCAAGCUCUCUAGGCGAAUAACCACCUUUGAUCAAUUGGCAGAUGGAAAGGCUCUGAUGGAGGUCAUGAGCACAGUGGACAGCACCCACUUCAAAAGUAUCAAUUCCAGGGCUACCGGAGCUGUCAACAGUCCCGACAAUUGGGUGCUGAAGAUGAAUACUUUAAAACGGUUGCAUCGGCUCUUGCUGUCUUAUCGCCUGCCUUCUCCUCAUCCAUCCUCCCUAUCGCUCUCUACACUCCCCGAGCCAGCAUUCUCCGCUAUAGCCAAAUCCCCGAACUCGCCGGAGGGACGGAAUGGGCUCGUCCAGCUAUCACGCAUGUGUCUAUCUGUAUCCGUUUGGGCCCCCGGAAACGAAAAGGUCAUAUCGAAGAUCCAAGCGCUAGGAGAAGGUCACAUGGCCUCUCUGAUGAAGAGUAUUGAGGGUAUCAUGGAGACAUUCCCUGAUGGCGAAACGGAAGAUCGUACAGCUGCUGAAGAACACGAGCGAGCGCCAACACCGCCGAUAGCUUCGGACUCACAAGUGGCGACAGACACGCUAUUACAAGAGAAUGAUGAUCUUCGCGCGCGCUGCGAGCAAAUGAUGCAGCAGGUGGAGGCACUCUCCAAUUCCUUGGACGAGAUGAGGACGGAACGAGAUGACGCACUUUCGAGAUCUAGACCCGACGCCUCUCAGGCUGGAGCAGGACUGCGAAACAGCCAGAUGUCAUCGUCUCAAGUGGACUCUCUUCGCAACGACUUAGCUAGGGCAGAGGAACAUUUAGCAGUAACGGAAGCCGACCUUGAGAAGCAGACGAGAACGGUGACAGAGUUGGAGCGGACAGUUGAGAAUCUCAAGGCUAGAGCCGCAGAAGCUGCUCGUCUGAAAGACCAACUAGACGAGCAUCGCCACACUGCUGAAAAGUUGCGCAAGAGCGAAAAUGUGGUCGAGAAGUACAAGAAGAAAUUAGAUGAAUCGGCUGGGUUAAGGAGGGACAUGAGAGUGCUCGAGGAAGAGAACGCCACCCUCGUGAAUCGAAAUAAUGCUCUGGAAGCCGAAUCUCAGCGCGCGGGAUCAUCCAGCACGCUGGCAGAUAUCUACAAAUCUCAGUUGGAGGCCUCGGAGUCUAGAGUCCGAGAGCAGGACGAAAAGAUAAACGAACUUUCGGUUCAGCUGGAGAGUAACCGUGCAGAACUAGUUGAACUAGAGGAAGCCCAUGCUCGGGACCGCGAAGAGUUGCAACUCCAUCAAGAACGCGCGAGAGAGCUUGAGCUUGGAGCAUUUCCCAUGCGGCGUGAUGGGUCCAGGGGUACACUGUUGGACGAGGCUGGGAACACGACUUUGGAUGAGGAAAUCGGAGCAGUGGACGUGGACACGCCGGGCGAAACCAAGACAGACUUGAGGUUAAGGAUUAAGGCUCUGGAACGGCAGAUCGAAGAACAACGGCCUACCGAGACUGAUAGCGCAAAGCUGUCGGCGAUCAAGCAGCUGUUGGCGGACGCCAAUAAGUCCCGAAACCGAUAUCAAGCAGAGUACCUGGAAGAGCACCGGUCAGCUCUGCGUCUUCAAGCGACUUUGGACAAGAUUAGGUCUGCUCCUGGCGGAGACGCCGCGCAGAGUGUGAUGGCCUUGAGAGAGAGGCUGGACGAACUGAGUAGUGAGAAGGACACAUUGCUCAGGGAUGCGCAAGCAGCCGCUGUGGAGCGGGAAGAGACGGACAAGAAGCUCCGCGCAGUAUUGACAGAUUUGAGUCUGGUCGAUAAAGACAAGCAGGAGCAAUUACGAGCUCUGCGCGAGAGCGUCUCUUCAGAAGCUGGGGAAUCAGAUGCACAGGUGUUGGCCCUCAGAGAUCAGGUAUCAAGCCUCAGAGAGAAGGAGAAGACUCAUUUAGAGGAAAUUAACCGGCUCUUGUCUGACAAGAUCGACCUCCAAUCUGCUGGUAUCUCGCAACGCGAGAAAGCGUUGGAUCGCGAGAAGGAGUUCAGUGAUAUCCGGGCUGCGCUAGCCUCAAGUGAAGUCUCAUCAGAGGUCCGACAGAAAAUCACAGCAAUCCAUGAUCGCAAUGCCCGUCUCGACGAGGAAGUAAGAAGGCUCUCGGCGAAGCUGGAGAAGGCGGAAAACGAUCCUCUGAUGUCCCCCACGAGCGGAGUGAAGAGCCCGUUCAGCGAAGACGGAAGAGGGGACUCCCAAACCAAGAUAGAUGUCUUGAAGGAGAAGUUACAGCGGGCGAGGCAUACCAAUGCCGCUCUGGAAAGGCGUUAUCGCCUGGAACAGCAGCUCAUGCUUUCCGCGUGGCACGAGCUCGGCGCCCGAACAGUCAGAGAUCAUAUCACGGCUGCGGGAGUGCGCAGAGUUGCUUCCAAACCUACGCCGACGAGCUGGCUUGGGAGGCAACGGAAGCAUCAAGAGGAUGCGUCAUUCACACGUAUAUGA